AUCCAGGUGACGAUCAAGUCGCUUAAGUCUGGCCAAUGGACAGUCGAUGUCCCAGCCCAAGGCACUAUUGCAGAUCUUAAGAAGGCGUUGCAGGAUAAGGCAGGAAUCGAUGUCGGGACUCAAAGACUGGUGCUCAAGGGCAAGGCUCUGGUGGACAACAAGAAAUUGGAGGAUUAUGGUCUGAUGUCAGGGUCGGUUAUCCAU